GUUGUAAAUAAUUCCCUUUCAUUUGCUAUUUAGUGUUUAUCUUUGUAUCCAUACUUCUUUGUAUUUUUAUGUAAAUUUUCAAUGUUUAAUCAAAAUGCCCCACCUGAGAUCCCGCUCCUGGAAUGUCCCAUCUGCUGCGACCAUAAACGGUACAAAGGCCAACGCGGCCUCAAUAUUCACUGCGUUCGCGCUCAUAGCCCCCGAAUCGACCCGCAACUGCCCACAGCAACGACUAACAACGUGGCAACCAACAGCAAUGCUAAUACUGACUCUACUGCUACUAGCCCAAUUAUAUCCCUAGCUCAAUUACUAGCCACCCUUAAGAACGAAACAAAAUUGACUAAACGUAUACCUAAAGGUGCUCGUUCUUCUGUAGCACGAAGUCUGGCGGAGUGCAUAGCCAGAGUGGUAGCAGAUAACAGCAAUGCUUCUUGGGAACGUCUUUUAACAUUCGCCUAUCAAAAUUUACAUAUUCCACACAUCAAAUCAAACCGAAGUUUAACAUCAAUUAUCAAAAGUAACGUAACUCACCCCUCCUUUCCCAUACCUCAUUCUGUUAACAACCCGACAGACCAAACUCCUCGCUUAUUAUCAACCAACCCAAAGUACAAAUGCAAAUCGGUAGAAAAUAAAUUAUCCGAUGGUAACUUAAAAGGAGCAACUAGAUUACUUUUUUCCAGCGAUACCUUGGCGACUUGCUCUCCUGCCGUGCUCAAUGAUCUGCAAGAGAAACACCCCUCCGUUUCAACAUCUUCAUUGCAACCUAACCCACCGGUCACCUCUUCCCAACCGCUACAAGUAUCGAAAACUGCAAUCUUACAUGCGAUACUCUCCUUUCCAACUGGGUCAGCAGGCGGACUAGACGGAAUCUCUCCGCAACACCUAAAAGAUUUAACUAGCCCGCUUGCAGGAGAUGCCGGAUGCCAGCAAGGAGACCCACUAGGGCCCGCAAUUUUCAGCCUAGCCAUCCACCCCGUCAUCACUGAGCUCACAUCGGACCUAAAUUUCUGGUAUUUAGACGACGGCACCAUCGGUGGCAGUAAGUCAUCUGUGUUGGCUGACCUUAAAACUUUAAUUGACCGCUUCUCAGAAAUCGGUCUUUCGAUCAAUUUUAACAAGUGUGAAAUGUUCAUUUCAGAAGCCAUUCCGCCCAAUGCCCGAUCCUCUAUUAUCGACGAGAUUAACCAGCUCACACCAAAUAUUUCCAUAUUAUCCCGCGAAACCCUCACACUUUUAGGAGCCCCCAUUUUAGACGAAUCCAUCCCGUUAUGCAUAAAUUCAAAAAUAGAAAAAUUCUUUAAGUGUUCGAACCUUUUUUAUGAAAUCAACCCACACAUGGCCCUCUACAUCUUACGACUAUGCCUUUUCUCGCCCAAAUUUUUGUACAUCCUUCGCUGCGCCCCACUUUGGAAAUUCCCCAUAAUUACUGCAAACAUUGACCAAAUUUUAAAGGACACCGUUAGUAAAAUUCUGAACGUAACUUUCACAUCCCCCAGUUGGAUCCAAGCUACCCUCCCGAUCAAAUACGGCGGUCUUGGUAUCCGUUUGACGGGCAGUUUAGCUCUCCCGGCCUUUUUGUCGUCUGCCUAUAGCACGCUCACCCUCAUUGGUGGUAUAUUACGUACCCCUUCAACCACUAAUGUGUCGGUGUCGUGCCUGGCGGACGCUGAAUCGGCUUGGAGUGCAGACCAUCCCGUCGAACAGGUACCAGAGGAAAAAUCUAGCCAAGCAACAUGGGACGUCAUAAAUAUAAAAACGCAACACCAACUCCUACUACAAAACUGCCAUAACAACCAUACCACGCCACGAACGGGCGAGGCUAUUAGCCGUUUCCGAAAAGGAGUCAGGACAUUGGCUGCACGCGCUUCCAUCGCGAAACCUUGGCUCCACUCUAGAUCCUUCAGCCCUUCGCAUCGCUGUCUGCCUCCGCCUGGGCCUAAAAAUAUGUGA